UAGACGGCGGUCGCCCUUCGGCUGGGCGGAGAGGUUCGGUUCCACGACUCGGGAGGCAGGAGCGCCUGAGCGCCUUCUCAGCAGGCCAGCCAGGCGAUGCUACCUGCCUGGGUAAGCAGCAGCAGCAGCAGCACCUGUUGCCAGCGGCUCCAUCAGCAAAUCGCUGGAAGGCAGCGCAGAGAGCGAGGCGAGAGAGGCAUGGACGGCGGCGGCGGCGGCGGCGGAGCUCUUCCGAAGAGCGGGCUCUGACUUUUAAAGCGAAAGGCGGGGGGCGCCGCGCAGGAACUGCUGGCCGCCUGGAGUUUGCAUUAAACUGCGAGUAGGAGCCCGACGCUCUUGGCGCUGCAGGAAGGGCCUCGGGGGGCUCAGCCUUCGGGCUGGCCGAGGAGCUCGGCGAAGCUCGUUGCGGAGACCUCGCAAUGCCGAGAAAGGCAGACUCUGCUCGGGGCCCGCAAUUUGCUCGUGCUCUGGCUACUGGUUUGCCCAGCUGAUGUUGGACUUCUUCACCCCUGUGCGAGGGUUACUUUGCGCUGCCGGAAGAUGCCGAGCACACAUUGUCCCCGUUUGAAGGGUUCUAGGCUGCGUUUUGCAAAGCCAUCUUAAGUCUUGCGUGGGGGGGGGGGGGGGGCGGAUGGACAGCACAAAGAGAGUUCGGUCUGGGUGGGAGCAUUCGCCUUGAAAGAGCCUCCUCCAAGUGCGGAGGAAAGGGUUAAGAUGCACUCUUUGCUUGGCCCCCUUUUUGGAAGCCCUUCUGCAAUUACUACAGGGAGGUAGCUCUAAAGUGGGUUAGAAGCAAAGGGGCAGUUGGGUAAUCAUAGACUCUGUGGAAUGCAGGAUCAUCAAUCCUGAAGUUCUAUCCUGGAAGGCUGCUGUCCAGGUUACUUGGUCCCCAUCCCUACCGCACCGUCCCCCAUCCCCCCACAGAAGGAAGGGAGGAGCCUGGCUAUUCCAUUGUAUUCAGGAGCAAAUAGCACCAAAAAUGCUUCAAGAAUAUUCAUCAUCAUUUACAGGAGUAUAUCAAUUCACGAUAUGUUAUCAGAGAGGAGGAGAGAAAAUGCAGGGCUAACAGGAUGUUCUUGUGGCGGAUCAAACACAGUGAUUGAAAAGGUUGACUUACUCUUCGAAUAUUGAUGCAAGCCACGGAUCAGAUUCCUCCCUUGAGCUGUUGCUUCUCUGACUUUUCUGCCCCCUUUUGACAUAUGGAGAAGGCUUCUUGUUUCAGAGCCCUUCCUGUUUGAAUUUUGCUCAGGUGCUUCGUGUACCUACAGACUAUGCGACUGAACCAGCUGCUCUGAGCUUCAAUGACUGAACCCUUUAUUGGCAUGGACUUCCCUAUGAAUUGGCCGUUUCUGAGCCAAGCAUCCUGGAAAACUGCUAGUGUGUGUAGAGCCUCUUCCAUGGCACUUUGAAAGUAGAGCUCCCUAGCUGGCUUCUUUCUACUUUGCCCUGUGAAGGGAAGAGAACCUGAUCGAUGUUGGGAAACAGCAGCAGCAACAGGAAUGUCAAUAGCACAGGCUGCAGACUGGCCUUCGCUGGAGUCGUCUGCCAGUUGCUCUUCAUGGUCCUCCUGAUCAUUGCCAUCACUCUUGGAAACUUGGUGAGUCUCCUGGUUUUCUUCUGUGUAAGGCAAUUCCGGACACCCCAAAGUUACCUAAAAGCCUCUUUGGCCCUUGCUGAUUUGGCUGUGGGGCUCAUUGUAGUACCUUACUCAGUUUAUCAGGAGACGAACACGUUGGCCUAUGGGACGGAGCGAGAAGAGAGUUCAGCUGGCUGGUCGGUCUGUUUGAUCACUGGCCCUAUCUUUGCAGGGUGCACCUUCGUCUCAAUCAGCACCAUAUUUCUGCUUUCGGUGGAGAGGACCAUCACUGUGCUGAAGCCUUUGCACAGGAAAGCUGUGAUUACCAAGCGAAGGAUCACUUGGCUGAUUCUUGGAUCCUGGAUACUGAGUUUCUCCUUGGCGGUGAUACCUCUGCUCUCGGUUCCCAAUAUCACCUUUGAGUACAAUUCCUGCAGUAAGAUGUGCAACUAUGGCUUUCCUCCAGACAAGUUGCCAGAGUCCAAUUGGAACAUCAUGCUCCUGUACCCAAUAUUUGACUUCACUCUCUUAGGUGGCACUUUUGUUGUCAAUACCAUUACCUUUGCCACUGUCCGGCAGUACCACAAAAUGAGGAAGCAACUGAGGGAAGAGCCACAGGGAAACCACCGGCUCUCUUACUCAGAUGUCACUGCUGCCAGGACCAUUGGCAUCCUGACCUUUGCAUUCUCCGUGUCUUUCGUUCCCAUUGCUGUAUUUGUUGUGGGCACUGUAGUGGGAUAUGAAUGGUGCCAGUUCUCCUUCUAUGCUUUCUGGAUCCUUGCUUCCAACAGCUGUUGGAAUGUGGCUAUCUACAGUGUUUGGGACCCCAAAUUCCGGCAAGGGAUACGGGAAAUAUUCUGCAAGCAAAUGCUGAAAACUGAUUCCCAGCAGCAUUCCAGACACUCACUGGAGGGGCACCGUUCUUCCCCUGCUUGUGUAGUAGUCCUCAAGGAGAUGCUCCGUCCAGAGUCCAACUAGUGGCAGAAUUAGUACCUGCUGCUUUUAAAGAGAUGACUAUUUUUUUUGCUUCAGAGCAGUCGGGGUAUUUUAGCUGCAGAUUCUGGAUUUUUCAUUUUCCCCUUCAGCUGUUGCAGCUUAAUGGAAUGCCUCCCCCCCUCUAAAGUAUGUUCUUUCUUAGUGCCAGAUUUUUCUUUCCAUUCAUUGGAUUGGAGCCUCUUGACCUUUGUAUAGCAAAUGCAGAACGAAUUUAUGAGGAUGUAUUUCAGAGUGUUGGAAGCACAUUGCACUUUUAAAAACUGCUGCUAGAUAAAUAUUUAAAUACAGAGCAGCUAUUUAUUAGUGAUUCCUGAUCCAUAUAAAAAUAUCCCAGUUUUGAUUUAUAGGAAGGAAAUAAAAAAGAAGAAGAGAAAGAGAGAAAGAAAAAGAAGAAACCUUAAAAUACAUCAUAUGAUGAAUAUGUGAAUGAUGCAUGAUGAGGGCUGAAAUAAUAUGUUCUGUGUUCUAUCUUGCAAAAUUAAUCCUAUGUAAUGUAUUACAUUGUACAGUUGAAAAACAAUGACUUUUUAAUUAUUGUCAAUCUCAAAUAUUGUUAUAAUACUCAGUAUAUAUUCUACAGCAUUUAUUCAGGACUGUAUUUGCACAAAAAUUGCCUUUUUAAAAUGGAACUUUUGUUGACAUUGAUUUUUGCAUAUUUAUUUAUAUUUUCUGAAUGCCAAACUUCUGGUUCAUAGGUUUUGCAAGAAAUAUGAUAUUAGACUGUAGCAAUAUAGAAAAAUAUGGUUCAGUUUUACCAACUCAAGUCCAAGAAGUUCAUUCAAAAGGAUUCAGAAUGCAGCAUGUUUGUAAUCAGUGUUUGGUUGUACGAUACUUUUGAUAGUGAAAGAACGGAAAAAUGUAAAAUCACAAUAAUGGGUAACAUGCCUUUCAUUUGAAAUCUGAAACAAUUCUCAUGCUCUUA